AUGGAGAACGACAAGAAGCAAGUUUGGCCCAGGCGUAUUUUUGUGAACAACGUCGACAGUUACUCCUCUAAAUAUAUUGCCAAGUUUUUAUCAACAUGUGUGCCUGGCGAGUCCUCUGAGGAUGCUGAAGCAGACGAGGACACCACAUCGUCACCUGGACAUGAACAGAGUACGACUUUCCAAAUUUCACCAACUCGAGAUCAGCUGCUUGAACGCUUGUUAGAGUGUGAUGUGGUGGUGUACAACAUCUCCGAAAAUGCAACACAGGAGCAGAUUGAAGAGGCCACAUGGGCGAUCACAGCUCUUCACGAUGAGAUGGAGAGCUUCAGGUCUCAAAAAAUGUUCAUCCUGGUCUCCACGGUGAUGACCUGGGCCUUGACAAAGCCAAGGAAUCUGGAUGAUUCAGAUGUUCUGCUAACAGAUGAUGACUACAGAAGACGAAGGCCUCAUCCCAACUUCAAAAACCACUGUGCUCUGGAGAAGCUUGUGCUCAAACUUGGUAGAGCUAAAAAGUCCAAGCUCACCAGUUAUGUUGUAGCAAGUGGCCUUCAGUAUGGACAGGGAGAGAACCUCUUUCACUACUUCUUUAAGGUAUCUUGGUCAAUGCAGUUUCCAAAGGUUCCUGUAUUUGGAGUGGGCACAAAUUGCAUUCCCAUGAUUCACGUAUAUGACCUUGGAGGAGUGAUCCGUAACAUAAUUGACCUCAAGCCAAAGUCCAAGUAUGUUCUUGCCCUUGACGACUCCAAGAACACCCUAGAAGAUAUCAUAAAGAUGAUAAGCUACGUACUUGGCCCAGGAAAAAUUGAUAAACUACCAGAGCAGGAAGCCAUCCACAUGAAUGCUCUGACACCAGAGGAACUGGAGUACUUAAGCGUCAACCUGUACCUAGAGCCUGUCCUGCUGAAAGACACCUUCAACCUCCAGUGGACGUCUGAAGCUGGGAUGGUUGAAAACAUGGAUCGCAUCGUGGAGGAAUACAAAAACACACGACAGUUACUUCCAAUUAGAAUCUGUGUCACUGGACCCCCAGCUGUGGGUAAAACCACAGUUGCACAGAAGCUCUGCCAGCAUUACAAAGUGCACCACAUCAAGAUCAAUGAAGUCAUUGCCGAAAAGCUCGCGCAGCUGGAGGAGAUACUGAGUGGAGCUGACACUGAGGAUGUUCCUGGGGAGGAAGUGGAUGCUGCAAAAAACCAACUGCAAACUAUUCGUGAAGGCAUGGAAAAGAAUGCAGGUCGAUUGGCUGACCAUCUGCUUUGUGACAUUUUGCAAGAGAAGCUAAAUUCAAAGCCAUGCAGCAACCAAGGAUUUGUUCUCGAUGGUUUCCCUAAGAUGUAUGAGCAGGCCAAACUGAUUUUCUUUGAUGAGGACACGGAGAGAACAAGUUUGAAGUCCAAAAGUCCCACGUACAACAAGAAGAUCACCCCAGAGCGUGUUUUUGCUCUUGAUGCAUCAGAUGAGUUUCUCAUGAAACGAGCACAAGGCCUUCCGCAGAGUGUAGCAGAGGAAAUGUUUUGCACCCAGGACGAAUUUGUUGCUCGCCUGGCAAGAUACAGACAAGUUAACGCCUCAGAGGAAACGCUGCUGGACUACUUUGACGAGCUGGAGAUUCACCCAAAACACAUUGAGAUCAGUACAGAUGACCCUGAGUACACAGAGGUUGUCAAGAAGAUCACAGAGGUGGUGGGGACUCCCAAGAACUACGGCCCCAGUCCAGAGGAGCAGGAAGAGGAGGCCCGGAGGCUGGAGGAGGAGAGGCGGCAGAAAAUGGCCAUGGAUGCUGCAGAGAGGAGGCGCAGGAAUGAGGCUGCACUGGCUGAGAUGACUGCUCAGUAUGAGGAGUGGAACAAGAAUGUGUCAGAGGUGAAAAGACAGGAGUACGAGCUGCUGGAAGCUCAGUCUCUCCCUCUGAGGAACUAUCUGAUGAAGUACGUGAUGCCCUCCCUCACUGAGGCCAUGCUAGAAUGCUGCACGGUAAAACCAGAGGACCCCGUUGACUUUUUGGCUGAACAUCUUCUGCGGAACAACCAACAAAAGUGAUACCAAACUGCAGUCAUAUGAAUGUUUGUCUCCAGUAUAUUUUUAAGUAAAGUACACAUAGCAAAACUU